AUGGACUCUAUACCAUCUCUACACACCACGCUCACACUAAUAGCAGAACACGCUAACCUAUCAGGCUACAUGAUCAACCUUGCGAAAUCAACUCUCAUGCCACUAGCGAUGGGACCGAGCCAAAUCCGCCUGAUCCGUAACCUCUCCGCUUCCAAACAACUACAACCUCCAUCAACUAUCCCCCUGACUCCAGGACCUAUACGACCACAACUACAAACCAUUGUUUACAACAGCCCUAACAGACCUACAAUGAUGGGAUGCACUGGGAGUCUU